UCUGUUGGUGUUCUGAGAAAGUUCGGAAUCAUCGACGGGGAGGCCAUGAGCUUUGGCCUGUUGGCGUGCCAUUUUGUGACGCCUCGUGUAAACUUUCAUAAACAAUUUUUCUUUAAAUUGAUCCUGGCGAGCACGCGUGAUGUCGAAACGAAGGAUCGACGUUGUGGACCCUUACGUCAAGCGGAAAGCAGAUAGCACGACAAAUAAUACAACAAUAGCAUCUGUCGUACCAAAGGCACAGGUCCAACUUAAUCCAUAUACUGGAUUACCAUUUACACCACGUUAUCAUGAAUUCUAUAAGAAGAGAAUUACGUUGCCAGUAUUUGAAUACCGUGCUGAUUUUAUGAGACUCUUGGCCCAACAUCAGUGCAUUGUAUUAGUUGGAGAAACUGGUUCUGGGAAAACUACGCAGAUACCGCAAUGGUGCGUCGAGUAUUCAAAGUGUAUAGGUUCCAAAGGAGUUGCAUGCACAUGUCCGAGGCGUGUGGCGGCAAUGUCUGUUGCUCAAAGAGUUUCGGAAGAAAUGGACGUUGCACUCGGACAACAAGUAGGUUACAGUAUCCGUUUUGAAGAUUGUAGCUCCGCGAAUACUGUUUUAAAAUACAUGACAGAUGGUAUGCUUUUACGAGAGGGAAUGUCUGACCCGAUGCUUAAUGCUUAUCAAGUGAUUUUGUUGGAUGAAGCACACGAAAGGACUUUGGCUACAGAUUUGUUAAUGGGUGUGCUGAAGGAAGUUAUAAAACAGAGGAUGGACCUGAAACUUGUAAUUAUGAGUGCAACAUUGGAUGCUGGAAAGUUUCAACAGUAUUUUGAUAAUGCACCUUUAAUGAAUGUACCUGGUCGAACACAUCCUGUAGAAAUUUUUUACACGCCUGAGCCAGAAAGGGACUAUCUAGAAGCUGCCAUUAGAACCGUUAUUCAGAUACACAUGUGUGAAGAUGUAUCUGGAGAUUUACUUCUCUUCCUGACAGGUCAAGAAGAAAUCGAAGAAGCUUGUAAAAGAAUCAAGAGAGAAAUGGAUAAUCUGGGGCCAGAAGUAGGUGAAUUAAAGUGUAUUCCAUUAUAUUCAACGCUGCCACCAAACUUACAACAACGAAUUUUUGACCCUGCUCCGCCUACAAAGUCAAAUGGAGCAAUUGGUCGAAAAGUUGUUGUGUCAACUAACAUUGCCGAGACAUCACUAACCAUCGAUGGAGUAGUUUUUGUCAUCGAUCCAGGAUUUGCUAAGCAAAAGGUAUAUAAUCCUAGAAUCCGGGUGGAGUCUCUCCUUGUAUCUCCUAUUAGUAAAGCUUCCGCUCAGCAAAGAGCAGGGAGGGCGGGGCGAACUCGUCCUGGGAAAUGUUUCAGAUUAUAUACAGAGAAAGCUUACAAAAAUGAAAUGCAGGAGAAUACGUAUCCAGAAAUUCUUCGGUCUAACCUUGGAAGUGUGGUUCUACAAUUGAAAAAACUUGGAAUCGACGAUUUAGUACACUUUGAUUUUAUGGAUCCGCCGGCACCUGAAACGCUUAUGAGAGCCUUGGAAUUGCUGAAUUAUUUGGCAGCUCUGGAUGACGAUGGAAAUUUAACGGAUUUAGGUGCUGUCAUGGCAGAAUUUCCAUUAGAUCCUCAACUGGCGAAAAUGCUUAUUGCUUCUUGCAACCAUAAUUGCAGCAAUGAAAUUCUUAGCAUCACCGCUAUGCUGUCAGUCCCACAGUGUUUCGUAAGACCCAAUGAGUCAAAAAAGGAUGCUGACACGGCUAAGAUGAAGUUUGCUCACAUCGAUGGUGAUCACUUGACCCUAUUAAACGUUUAUCACUCAUUCAAACAAAAAUUCGAGGAUCCACAGUGGUGCUAUGAAAACUAUGUAAAUUAUCGAUCACUGAAAAGUGGAGACAACGUGAGACAACAACUCAGUAGAAUAAUGGACCGAUUCUACUUAAAGAGGACUUCUACAGAAUUUACAUCAAAAGAUUAUUACAUCAACAUCCGAAAGGCACUUGUAAACGGGUUUUUCAUGCAGGUAGCACAUUUGGAAAGAACUGGACAUUAUUUGACCAUAAAAGAUAAUCAAGUUGUGCAACUCCAUCCGAGCAGUUGUCUAGACCAUAAACCCGAGUGGGUAAUUUAUAACGAAUUUGUGCUCACGACCAAAAAUUAUAUUAGAACUGUGACUGAUAUUAAGCCUGAUUGGCUGCUGAAAAUAGCACCGCAGUACUACGAUUUGGAGAAUUUUCCAGAUUGCGAAGCUAAGGUACAAUUAGAAGUGAUUCAAGCUCGAUUAGAUUCGAAACAAUACCAAGAAGGAUUCUAACCUCGAUAUGUUCUAGAUACAUUUAGGAACGGUAUGAGCAAAUGUGGAAAUAGCGAUUUGCGUGCCGCUAGGUUUCAUUGUAAAAGUUCACGGCUUGUAAUUACUCACAGAACGGGAAUUUUCUACGUUUAAAGAGAAAUGAUUCGGCAUGCACUUUAGUAAGGGAAAUUCUAUUCGAUUUUGUGAUUCCGAUCAUCGAGGGUAAUGUAACGUUGAAAGGAUCGAAAAUUAGGUAUCUCCGUAACUAGGAUCUUAAUCCUUUUAACGCUCAGUUCCAAAGUGCAAACGUCGAGGAACAUACGCAAUUUGUCCCAUCUCGGGAGAAUUAAAGUCAAAAUCGUCGACAUAUUGAAGACUAGAGACACGCUUAUUACCCUGAAUUUUCGAUGGAAGAUAUUUAUGUACAAUAUCCGAGUGCGAAGGUAGCGAUAUAAAUUUAAGAUUUCAUGCAUAGAACUUGUUCAUACACAAUGUCACGUUAGAAAGAUUAGAAUAAUUUUUGUAUAUGCGAUGGAGGAGGGAAAAAAGGAUGGUUAUACAGAAAGCAUACAAAACGCUCACUUCACGUAGCGUAACGUGAACGUGCGCGAGCAGCUGCGUUGUUGCUUUCGAUUUUCAAACUUCUUAAUGUUCUCGAUCUUUUUUAUUGCUAUUAAUUUCAGAGGUUUGAUUAGUUUCUGUAUCGUAAACUACUUAUGUUUUUUAUUUGUAUAUGUUAUGAAACAUUCAACCCGCGUAACAAAAUUAUUAUAUUACAUGUUGCGUCUACUCAAAUCUGCAAGAAAAUACCUCAUGUUAUUUCAAGAUAGAAGAUUUCUACUAUCGGUUAAUUGUUUUUUUAUGCGAACCUAGCACUAACUGUUCUCUGUAGAAGUACUACUUCCUUUCUUGCUUUCCUUUCGCCGUUUUGCACUUUUAGAAGAAACAGAAAACACAAUCUAGAGAGAGAGAGAGAGAGAGAGAGAUAGAGAGAAACAAGUAGUAUAUAUGGACAGUAUAUAAUAGAAAUUGUAUGAACUUUCCACUCGAAUGUAUAAGUUAGAUCAGAUAAAGUUAAUGAUUACUCUAAUUUAUGAAAGUUAGUAUACUAUGUAUUGUAAAUUACCAUAGUGCUGUAUAUCAGCAUUGACCGUCAUUUUUCGUGCAGUUAAUAAUAAUAAAAAUAAUAAUAACAACAACAUUAAUAAGAACAAAAAUAAUAAUCAGGAUGUCACUCAAUAUGAGGUUUUUAAUUUGCGACGAAUUGCAUGUAUCCCAAUUACACAUAUACGCGACAUAUACCCCAUGCACACAUUUUCAUGUAUGCAUUUCUCUCUCAUAUUAUUAUGUACACUGACGAAAACGGUUCAAUACUUGUCCUAAUCCUAAAUAUUUCUGAGAAUGAGUUAAUUUGCCUUUGUCGUUAGAAAAGUCAGUUAGUUUUCGGUUUUGUACAUAACGAUCUGCACGAAGUGCAAGUGUGGAUAAAUAUAUUAAAUUUAUAAUCGCA